CGAAGCAAUCGACACAGACCCAGUCGUCCAUAGUCUCAUCUAUGCAGCGAAGUGAACGCGUGUAGUUUCUGUGAGAUUUACCUUCGUAGAGAUGAAGCUUUUAUUCUGAAAAGAGGAAGUGUUGUUGUCACUAUUAAGACAAGUUAUCUCUUCCACGUCGGCGGCUGAAAGACUUGGAGCGGCAGCGAACAGGAUACUGACGGCAGGAUGCCCACAGGCAUGAUGGGAGUCCCUGUGUUCUGUGUGCUGGUGCUCGCAUUCAUCUGUAACAGCCACAGCCGGGAAAUACAAGACCCUCUGGACAGGUUCGAAAGGUCUCAGAAGGACAUCCUGUCAGACCCCAGCGACUGUGUGUCCAGGACCAAGCAGCAGGUCUUUACCAACUCUCACAACUUCUCUCUGGAUAUUCGAAUGCCUGGCGUUGUCCCAACUGGGGCGGACACUUACCUGUGCACAGCAUUUCCUCUGCCAACUAGUCGAGACGCAUAUAUCGUGGACUUCAUACCUCGAGCCAGUAUGGACACAGUUCAUCACAUGCUGCUGUUCGGCUGCCAGACUCCCGUGUCCACCAGCAGCUACUGGGACUGUGGCAGUGUACAAGGCACGUGUGAGGAUGAGGCCUCCAUUAUGUAUGCCUGGGCUCGGAAUGCACCACCCACUAGAUUACCCAGAGAUGUUGGUUUUAAAGUUGGAAGAAAUUCUGGGAUGUCCCACCUGGUGCUGCAGAUCCAUUAUGGAGAUGUCAGUGCCUUCAAAGACCAUCAUAGAGAUUGCUCAGGAGUUACCUUAAGAAUGACAUCCAAACUGCAGCCAUUCAUUGCUGGCAUAUACCUGCUUAUGUCUGUGGACACGGUUAUCCUUCCAGGAAAAAGAGUUACCAAUGCAGACAUGGCCUGUGAAUACACUUCAUAUCCCAUCUACCCGUUUGCCUUCAGGACCCACACACACCGCCUUGGUAAAGUGGUCAGUGGCUACAGGAUCCGAGACGGGAAAUGGAACCUGAUUGGGAGACAGUCCCCUCAGCUACCACAGGCUUUCUAUCCGGCUAACGAGGAGGUGAAUGUGAAGUAUGGGGACACCAUUGCAGCCAGAUGUGUGUUUACUGGGGAGGGCAGAACCUCCAAAACAUACAUUGGUGGUACCUCUGAUGAUGAAAUGUGCAACUUCUAUAUAAUGUACUACAUGGACAGCAAACAUGCCGACCCCUACAUGAGCUGCAUGGAGUCCGGCUCCAGAGAUCUGUUCCAGCACAUUCCAGCUGAGGCCAACGUUCCCAUCGCUGUCAGCCCAGUUCAUAUGAACUCCAUGAUGCAUAUGGGGCACUCUACAGACCAUCAAGAUAACCAAUUGUUGUUGGAUAAAAACAAAGCAGAGCAGGUUCUGGAUCAGGACUACCACCUGGAGCAGGUCUCAGCGUGGCCCCAGAGUUCCCUCCAGCUGGGGCAGGUCUCAGGACUUGCCCUCGACUCAGAUGCUAACUUGGUCAUUUUCCACAGAGGGGACCACCACUGGGGUGAAGGCUCUUUCAACAGCCAGGCUAGAUACGAGCAGAGGUCCCAAGGUCCCAUCCAGCAGUCCACUAUUUUGGUUGUGGACUUAUCCAAAGGCAACAUUCUGAAGGCGUCUGGCAGAGACAUGUUUUAUAUGCCUCAUGGAAUAACCACAGACAAGGAGAAUAACUACUGGGUCACUGAUGUGGCUCUUCAUCAGGUGUUAAAGGUGAGCAGUGAUGGCAGAGACAGACUGCUGCUGGCACUCGGAGAGCCCUUCACACCAGGAAGUGACAACCAGCACUUCUGCCAGCCCACCGAUGUGGCUGUGGACACGGAGACGGGAGCCAUCUUUGUUUCUGAUGGCUACUGCAACAACAGGAUCCUCAAGUUCUCAGCUGAGGGCAAAUACCUGUCUCAUUGGGGUGCAGGCUCGUCAGACAGGAAGAGGCGCAUCCCGUUCCAAAUCCCCCACAGCCUGGUGUUCCUUCCUGACAGACAGGAAGUGUGUGUGGCCGACAGGGACAACGGGCGUAUCCAGUGCUUCAUCGCCCAGACUGGAGAGUUCAUCAAGGAAAUAAAGAAGGAGGAGUUUGGAGGGCAGGUGUUUGCCAUCGCCUACAGCCCUGCUGGAGAUGGCUUUAUUUUUGCAGUAAAUGGGGAAUCUCCAUAUCGCUCAACUCCACUCAGAGGGUUUGUAAUAGAUUAUUCAACCAUGGAUAUUGUGGAUACCUUCAACCCAGAAAAAAAGGAGUUUAAAAUGCCUCACGACAUAGUUGAAAGCAGCGAUGGUAGCGUCUUUGUCGGGGAUGCAGGAAGUAAAUCAGUCUUCAAGUUCACCUCUGAGAAGUUACAUCGCUCUGUCAAGAAAGCUGGAAUUGAGGUGCAAGAACUUGAUGAAAUAGAGGCAUUUGUCCGAACUAAGGUGAGGUCGGAGCACAACAUGUCAAAGACAGCAGCCAUCCAAGAGAAGCAGACGGUGUCUCUCCAGCCUGAACCACAGGAGGAGGAGAAGAAGAAGCCAAUCAGAGGGCAGGGUGUCCUCCCAGCUAUCAUCACCACCCUGCUGCUCGUCCCACUGCUGCUCGUCAUGUCAGUUGGAGUCUUCGUCUGCUGGAGAAAAAACAACGCAUGUGAGGUGAAGACUGAACCCAGUUCUGUGGGAGGGAUCUUGGGAAGAAUAAGAGGUAAAGCCGUGGGCGGUCUGAACCUGGGGAACUUCUUCGCCUCCCAUAAGGGUUACAGCCGCCAGGGCUUCGACCAGCUGAGCACUGAAGGCAGCGACCAGGAGCGGAACAACAGCAGCGACUCUGAGAACGAGGAGUACUCCGCUCUGCCGGUUCCUCCUGCGUCCUCCUCCUAGACGCUAACACGCUAACACGCUGCUAGCAUUGCCAAGAGUUAUCUUCUUCAUCAUUUGUGUAACUGUUGUGUUAGCUGCCAAUCGUAUUGUUUAUAUAUUUAAAAAUAUGUUGUACAUACAGAUAAUUUAGCAUCAUUUGGACAAUUUAUUGAAUCCUUAUUUAAUUAAUGUCGAUACAGCCACAUAUCACUGACAGAUUGUUUCCCCUAAUCAAACUUUAGUGAAAUUAUCAGCACAAUCCGCUGGACCGAUGUUAAUGUGUGCUGUCAGAUUCAGCCUUAAGACCAGAAUCAAGAUUCUUUUUUAAAUCUAUAGUCUGGAAAUAAGUGAUGUUGUAUUGUAAACAAAGAUCUGAGGCCAUUGCCCGUUGUUUUGACUUUAACUUCUACCAAACUUCACAAAAUAACUUGAUGUCAUAGCAACCUGUUUGAAGACCUCCGGGGCUCUGUUGUCAUGGCGACAUGAUGAGCAGCACACGCAGCACUGUGACGGCUUUCUUCCUCACGAUGACGUUGGCUUCAUCCGUCUGUUUUCCCGGUGCACAGGGCACAUUUUCUGAUUUGUAAAGAUCAGAAAAUGAUUUUUCAUUCACACAAAAGUAUCAACAAGUGUUGCUUUCAAGGUAACCAGGUCAUCUGGACGCUAGGAGGUUCUUUACACCAGAGUUUAUACGAGGGACACCUGAAUGCAGCGGGAGGUCCAGACACAAAUCAGAUUUCCUUUAUGAACCAGCCGCCAGCUGUGGUGCCUUUCUGUUAUUGGCUCAGCUGUUUCACAGAGAUUUGAUUGAUGGGAUAUAUUGAUCCCACUCUGAUCCACCAGUAGUGAGUCCUGAGAUGUUCCUCAGUGUGCUGCUCACUGCUCCUCUAAGACAGUGAGGUGGUCCUGAGAUGUUCCUCAGUGUGCUGCUCACUGCUCCUCUAAGACAGUGAGGUGGUCCUGAGAUGUUCCUCAGUGUGCUGCUCACUGCUCCUCUAAGACAGUGAGGUGGUCCUGAGAUGUUCCUCAGUGUGCUGCUCACUGCUCCUCUAAGACAGUGAGGUGGUCCUGAGAUGUUCCUCAGUGUGCUGCUCACUGCUCCUCUAAGACAGUGAGGUGGUCCUGAGAUGUUCCUCAGUGUGCUGCUCACUGCUCCUCUAAGACAGUGAGGUGGUCCUGAGAUGUUCCUCAGUGUGCUGCUCACUGCUCCUCUAAGACAGUGAGGUGGUCCUGAGAUGUUCCUCAGUGUGCUGCUCACUGCUCCUCUAAGACAGUGAGGUGGUCCUGAGAUGUUCCUCAGUGUGCUGCUCACUGCUCCUCUAAGACAGUGAGGUGGUCCUGAGAUGUUCCUCAGUGUGCUGCUCACUGCUCCUCUAAGACAGUGAGGUGGUCCUGAGAUGUUCCUCAGUGUGCUGCUCACUGCUCCUCUAAGACAGUGAGGUGGUCCUGAGAUGUUCCUCAGUGUGCUGCUCACUGCUCCUCUAAGACAGUGAGGUGGUCCUGAGAUGUUCCUUAGUGUGCUGCUCACUGCUCCUCUAAGACAGUGAGGUGGUCCUGAGAUGUUCCUUAGUGUGCUGCUCACUGCUCCUCUAAGACAGUGAGGUGGUCCUGAGAUGUUCCUUAGUGUGCUGCUCACUGCUCCUCUAAGACAGUGAGGUGGUCCUGAGAUGUUCCUUAGUGUGCUGCUCACUGCUCCUCUAAGACAGUGAGGUGGUCCUGAGAUGUUCCUUAGUGUGCUGCUCACUGCUCCUCUAAGACGGAGCCCUCAGGAAACAACUGGAAGCUCCUGCUGUUGAUCUUCAGUGUUUUAGUUCAGUCAGAACGGGACAUGAUUAUUAAUUAUGGAUUAUUCAUUGUGAUUUUAGCUUUACAGGACAAAUGCAUCCUUACUUCCAUCUCUCACAUGGACUAAAGCAACGCACAUGGCAUUAGUUGAGUCGGAUCGUUGUCAUUUUGUGCCUUUUUACUUUUGUAUUUUUUUCAGCACCAAAACGUUCCACGAGAGCAGCUGCUUGUAGAGCGUGUACUAUAUUGAUCGCUCUUCCAUGCACGUGAACAGAAAAGGGAUAAUAUUACAUGUAUAUUUAUGUCUGUGUGUGUGUGUGUAUGUGCACGAUGCCAAUCAAAACAGCCAAGUGUCAAGCACUGAAACUAUUAAAUCAAACUUCCAACAAUUUGAAGAAACAACAUGAAUUGAUAAAUAGUUGCUACAUUAAUGUUGAAACUUAACGGAACCAUGUCGGCCGGUUGGGGAGGUUUUAGCUCCUUACCAACAAUAAUUGUAUAUAUCUUUCCAAAUGCAAACUCUCAAAACAUACUUGGGUUGAGUAAACUCAAAGCAAGAACAUUAUUGUUUAAUAAUGCAGUAACAAUCUGCACUGCAUGGCUUCAUAUUGUAGGGCUGAAACCAAACCAAACACAUUCUCAUUGAUCCGGCACAAAGUAUUUUAAAGUGUUCAUCUUCAUUCCCCUGAGCACAAAUUUAAAUGUAAAAAUAUCUUGUUUUACCAUCAAAAUAUACUUCUGAUAUAGAAAACUAGCAAAUAUUCAGAUUUGAGAAGCUGGAACCAGUUUUUUUAAUUGUUGCUUAAAUGAUAAUAUAAAUGAUUCAUUAAUAUAAAAAUAGUUGCAGAGGAAUGUAGACACAGACUGUAGACUGAACAGACUGAAAGCAUUCUGUCCAUGAAGAUAAUCCUCAAUAUUAAUGCUCCGCAUAUUAAAAAUACACAGACACAAAGAUGGUGUGAAGAGUAUGUUGCUUGCCAAAUCAGUUUAAUUCUGUAUCCUCAGGUUUCAUUUCAUUACAUGACCUAUAUUUACAUUUCAUCAUGUAUUUCUAUCAAUAUCUAUUAUAGCGACCAUAUCUGUAUUUGUCAUACACUUUGUAUGAAUAAUUUCCUAAAUGGCAUGCGUGCGCUUUCUGAUAUUUAUUUUGACACACUGGUUUUGCUGCAAGAGUACUAUUUUCAGUAACUGUUAUUUGUGUAAUAAAGUAUCUGCAAAGCAUCA